AUGGCCCCCUUCACAUUCCCAUCAUUUCUUCUCGAAAAGCGCCAUGGGGGCGACGUGGGAUCCCCUGAAGCUUACGGCAAGAAGAUGGAUAUAUCAACUGUGGUUGCUCUAGCCAUUGGAAUCCUAGCCCUCCUUGCAACAAUCUUUCAGACCUUGCAACAGUACAUCGGUACAGCAGACGGCUACAGACGUUGCGGUCCUGGCGUCAUGGGCCCUUGGGGUCGCAAGACUCGACUACGCUUCCGAUGGAGGGAGUUCAGAUUCGAAGUCCUCUACUGUGUCCCUUUUAUCGAAUAUGGCCUGCCUGUCAAAGGCCAAGACGGUACUCGAACAAUUCGACCCUUCUGCGGCCAGCCAGAGCUCACCACCUUCAACCCCAAUCCGCCAGAAAAGCAAAGAGACUGGAACGCCGAGCUAGCAGGAUGGGUCCAUCUGAUGCACAACCUGGGUCUACACGAUCAAUCUGUCAGGCAGCGCAUUGCUCCCGUCAGUCCUCGUGAUGCAGGACGCAUGGCCUAUAUUGACUGGAUCCGGUGUGCAUACGUAGAACAGGCCUAUCGCAGUUGGGACUUCGUGCCAGACGACGUCCUACGCCCACUGGCCAUCACGACACUUUCAGGUCUGGCCGCUACCACUCGCCGCUUAGGUUUGAGCUGGAAGCAGUUUGAGCCGAACAUGGGUACCUUGCAAGCUGAAGGCAACCACCAGGUCAUCACUUCAACCGUGAUUCGAGGCAUGGGGGUCAUCAUUCACUACCUUCGAGACCCAGAUCUGGACUCGGACGCUCUCGGCCAGAAACAUCUCUACAGCACCUCACCCUUGAGUCAAGCUGAUGAGUUACUGUUUGGGAGGAUUGGACAUACCGACCUGUUCAACCUUCAUCGCGAGCUGCCUCAUCUAAUACUGCACAUCGGCACACUGGCUGAUGUCACAUCCACAUUGCCAGCUCUCUUCUCUGAUACGCCAGCUGCCGACAAUAUCAUCGCCACGCUUCGUGCCCGAAGUGAAUCGGGAGACAAGGACUGGAUGGAGCCUGUCAAUGAUAUUGUCGCGUUCCUGACUCCCUUUCUCGGUGUUUCUUCCAAUACUCGACCUGUCAUUCCAUGGCCCAAUACUUCAGCUCGUGGCAUGACGCACACAGUCUUCAGACCCUUUCGAGACGAGCUCACUGCACUCCUGCUCCGUAGAGGGAGCACUGUUUCGUCAGAGUCCCAUAGGCUGCUUAGUCUGUACACAAGCUUAGAAGCUCGUUUCAAACAUCCACCAGCUCAGCGAGACAGAAGUUUCAGUUGGGAGAUACCCAAGCUUACCUUCAAAGGCGAGUUGGCGACAUCCGAGGCAUUUGACGCGAGGGCAAUCUGGGAUGUCAUGAGCGAGUGCGAGUCGAUACUGCAUGCGAAUCCGAUCAUCCGCGCCGGCAGAUACCAUGCUCUUGUCGUGCAACAUUUGACAUUCUCAACACGCAUCGAAGCUUUGGCUACAGAUGGCGACAAGAUGAAGCGUAUGUUCGCUGCCCUUCCGGAAAUGACACGUGCUUUGAGCUCGGAAUGGGACGUCCAAGGCCAGAUUCUGGGAGCACUCUCCGGAGCUUCAGGCGAAGAGCUGGGUGAAAAAACGGAAUGGGUGGUGCGACCGAGCGAGAUGCAGGUCGAGGACGCUUGGUUGGCGAUGAUGCUGAGAGCCAUGUGUUGGCAGAGGCUUCAUGUGGUGCAGCCGGGCAUGCCUUUGCCAAUUGAGUAUGCGAGAAGUAUGCUACCUGUGUUUAUAACCUAA